AAAACAAAAAGUUUUGGGCUUAUUAAGAUUCAAAAGCAAAGAAUCUUCGGAGCCAUUCAAAAGCGAAGAAUCUCUGGAGCCAUUCAAAAAAUUGGUGGUUUCAGUUCUUGGGUCAGUUCUUUUCUUUCCAAAUGAGCUCAUCCAUACCCUGAAAAGGUUAUAUUAUCAUGGUUCAACCAUGCUGAUCAUGUAUUCUCCGGGAGCUAUAACAUUAUAUGAGGCAUCUCCGUGCAAGAUUACCCAUGUGAAUUCCUUGGUUAAUACGACCACAAUCUGUCCCAGACAAUUAAGAAAUCCAUGUAAUAAUGCACUCCAUACUUCCUCACAUUUUUGGGAAGGCCGUGAUCAAUUUAAGACCCAUCAUGUCUUGCACCACGUAGCUUCAAAGAGAUGGCUGUGCCGGUUGCAUGAUUCAAUUUCGGCAGAUGAUGAUGAUGAUGAGUACCGCUCCUCGCGCAACAUAGCAAUCAGUUUGUUGAAGCGAUUCAAGAAUGCUGUUGACCGGGGAGGAGGUGACAACCUAAAAGAGUUCAUCAGUGCUGGGGUGAAUGCGUAUGCACUGGGCUGUACUGAUGAAGGAUUAAGGAAAGAACUUAAUGAUAUGAAGGAUUCAGGUGUCGAAAUUGAAGCAAUGCAGAGUUAUGGUGGAACCACCAGUUUGAAAUCCAAGAUUAUCUCGGAAGAGGUUGAUGAGUGCAUUCUGUGGUUGAGUAUUAUAUUCAUCACCAUCUUGUGUACACCGCAACCAACUAUUGUUCGGUGGUCAUCUACACCUUCAGUGUCUGAUGAAGUGAGGCUUCAGUGGAAAGGCUUUUGUGGUGUUAUAGCAAAUGCAUACUUUUUGAGGGGAAUGGCAUGGCUUCCAGUAAAGACCCUUCAACUAGAGCAAAUGGCAGUGGCGGGACAAGCAGAGGAGCCAUCAGUUGUUGCUAGCCGAAUGCGUUUAGUGUUUAGCACACUUGAGGUGGUGAGUCCACAGUGGCCUAGAGUAUAGUUGAGGAGUAUUGAGAAGUUUCCAUUUUCCUAGGAUCUCAAUUGUCGGGCUUCUCGUUCCAUUUGAAAUUGUAAAUUAGUAUAGUAGCAUUCUGUCCAAAAAGGAGAAAAAAAAAAUGUAGCAUAAGAUUCCAAAGUAAAAGUUCUCCAUGUAAAAUUUUUCCUAUAAAUUUUUAUGUACUAAUAAAGUGCUUCCAAAAAUAUUGCACAUACUUCUGAUUUAUUUAU